GACAAGUGGGCCAAGGAUCGCGAAGCGGGGGUCGAUUUCCUUCAAACCUUCACAGCCUGGGAAGCGAUCGUGGCCGAGUACACGGAUCAGAGUGGAGAGGUUGUGUCGGACAACGUCCGAGUCAGCGUGUUGUUGGAGCACGCGCCGGAGGCCUAUCGCGAGGCGCUGUGUCAGGCCCCUGAGGAUGUCAAGCUCACGUUCGCGGCGGCCCGCAGCCACAUCCGAGGUUGCUACAACCAGGGCCGCACCUUCAACGCUGUCGACACUGGCACGGGCUUCGGUCCGACGCAGGUGGGCGCCGUGACCUACGGCGGCAAGGCUGGUGGCAAGGUUGGCGGCAAGCUCGGCAAGCACGGCAAGAAAGGUGGGAAGUGCAAUGGCAAGGGUGACAAGGCAAAGAGGGAGACGAAGCGGGUCGACUGCUUCAAGCGGCUCCACGACGAGAAGGCCUCGCAGCAGCUUGCUGGAGGCGCGAGGGCGGUCUCGGACGCAGCCGCGCCCUCGGCGUCGGGAGCGGUCGCAGCGGCUGCCGGCUACCACGGCGAAGCGUGCGAGGACGGCGAGGCCUGGGUCUUCGCAAUCACCGCCAGGGGGCAGGGCGCCGCUGCGAAGGUCGGCGGCUCGGUGCUGAUCGACUCGGGCAGCGACGACCACCUGUGUAGACCGAAGUUCGUCCCCGACGCCACUGCGGAGGCAGAGGGCGCGAAGGCGACGGCAGACUUCCCGGCGGCCGACGUGAACGACGACCUGCUGAGCAUGGGGAAGUUGCCUUCAUCUGGAGCAUGGAAGCUCCCGCCGGCCGGCGGGCAGGAGCAGCAGGCGCAGCGGCUGGGGCUGCAGCCGGCACCCUGGCCGCCGCCAGCGCCUCAGGAAGGCGGGGCGGCACCAGCUCAGCCUCAGGCACAGCUGGCAGCGCAGCCAGCGCCAGCAGAGCAGCCGAUCCAGGCCAAAAUUUCUGGAGCCCACCGGGGGCUUGCCGCGCCAGGUCUGCCCGCGGCGAGCGACCAGGCCACGGGGGCGCCUGCGUUGGCGGCCCAGCGAGAGAUCUCGCCAGCAGCGGAGGCAGCCGAGGGCAAGCGGGCCCGAGUGGCAGCGGCCCACGCCGUCGACGCAGGCAGCCUCGACGACGCCGCCGACGUCUUCUGGGAGGGGGCCCCCGAGGAGGCGCAGGGCCCGAGCGAGAGCAUGUUCGACGGGGCCCCGCAGGACGGGCUGGAUUCGCGGCUCACCGAGAAGCACUUGCAGAGCCUCCUCGACCACAGAGUCGGCGAGGACAUCCAGGAGCCGGAGGCGGCCAGGAUGAAGCACGUGCGGCAGCGCAAGAUUCGCUUCGUCUGUCGAGCGCACCGCCGGCAGGAGUGGCGGGACGACCUCUUCACGCAAGGGUCGGCUCCGAUAUCGCAACGGCUGAUCGACGUCGUGGCGCUCGAGCGGAGUUUCAAGGUCAUGGCGCUGGACGCCACUGGCGCGUUCUACCAGGCGCCCGAGACGGAGGGCGUCGCGGUGGACCCGCCGCCCGAGUACCUGGAGCGGCUCAGCGCGCAGGGCUAG